AGGACUUAGAUUUCGCUUUUACCAUAUUCGUACUUCGUAAUACCUUAUUACCAUAGUGCGAGUUAUUUCCUUUUGUAUUGUUGGGAACAAUCAUGGACGUUAUUGCAACCAGUUUUUCCAUGGCAUUUUUAGUUACUUUCGUCCAUCCCAUUACUGUAUUACCGGAUCAUCCAAACUCUCUGCAGAUUCGGAACGGUCAUGAAGCGACACCUCAUCACUAUACGUGGAUGGUCACCAUCCAGGCAGAGUACUCGCCUAAUGAUUUUGAGCACGUGUCCGGUGGCACUUUGCUUAACGCACACCAGGUGCUUACUGCGGCACACGUGUGCCGGAAAUUCAAAUUCCUGAAAACGAAAUCCAGGAGAAUGCGGUGUGUGUUUGGUAAACACGACGUUUCGCAGCAGGAGGUUGGUCAAGUGGCCAUUAGAGUCAAAGAUGUUUCCUGUUUUCCACAAGUGCACUACAAAAAACACCUUCAUGACAUAUGUAUAAUGGAGCUGGAGUCCGGUGUGCCCUUUACGAUGCAGAUAACUCCGGCCAUUCUGGCGGCACCAGGAUCGUCUAUGGCAGGCCCCUGUUUGCUGAUUGGCUGGGGAUCCGAUGGCUACUUGAGGGUGAAACCGAGACUCCAGCAGAUGACCGUAACGCCGCAAGAAAUAUCCCUGUGCCAGGAACUGGAGCCCAAGUUCUCGUUGAAGAAUAUUUGCAGCCAGGAUGCCGCCAGUCCAGACCAUGGAGACAGUGGCGGCCCCGUGAUGUGUGAUGUUAAUGGCGAGUUGCGGGUAUUUGGUGUACACUCUUAUAAUGUUGGAUUAAGGAACAACCAGGUGGUAGCUGCGCAUGUCGACGUUAGAGAGUACGCUGAAUUUAUUGCUGAUCCACUGAGAAAUCCAAACUCUUGCUCAAUCACCAUGUGCACCGGAUUCAACUGCCUUUAUAACAGCUUUUAAGCAACCUUCCUGUUGCUGCAAAACUUACAGAUUUUGAACCAAAUAUUAAAGCAACGCAAUCACUUAUUUUCUUAUUUUCGUAUUAUAAAGUUCAUGUAGUUUUGCACGCACUCAUUCGUAGCUUUACUAUGCAAUAUUGAAAUUUGCCGUUUCAGCUAUCAGAAUACGUAAUUUUAUCUGUUGUCUGCGUGCGCUGCGAAAAAAGCUUAAAGAACGAAUGCAACUCUG